UGGUUAAUUUAAAAUCGUCGCAGACGUGCAACGCGCCACUAGGAAAUUGUCGUUUCAAGCGUCCGUUAGAUCAACAAAAACAAGAGUGUCGUUUUGAACGUCAUUAGCUGCUAGAGUGCGUGUGAACGCGUCAUUGAGUGUUGCAAACAAGUUUUCUUCUACUCAAGCAAAACGCGAUUUGCGCGGCAAAUUUCGAUUUAAAAAAUAUAAUUCAUUUAAUUUAUUUUCCGAGUAAUUUUUUUGUGUGUAAACUAAGUAGUAAAAAAAGUAAAAAACAGCCGCCAAAAUGGUUGUCAACUUUAAGGUCUUUAAGAAGGUCUCACCCAACAACAUGAUCACCUUGUAUAUGAACAAGCGUGAAUUCGUCGACUCCAUAACGGUGGUAGAGCCAGUUGAUGGCAUCAUCGUUCUGGACGAUGAAUAUGUGCGACAAAAUCGCAAAGUCUUCGUGCAACUCAUCUGUAACUUUCGUUAUGGACGCGAGGAUGACGAAAUGAUCGGUUUACGUUUCCAAAAGGAGUUAACACUCGUUUCACAGGAGGUCCAUCCUCAACAAAAGGUCGACAUUCAACUAACAAAAAUGCAGGAACGUUUGUUGAAGAAACUCGGCUCGAAUGCCUUCCCAUUCAUUAUGGACUUGCCACCCAGUUCACCAGCCUCCGUUGUUUUACAACAGAAAGCCAAUGACGAUACUCAACCUUGUGGUGUGCAAUAUUUUGUGAAGGUGUUUACUGGUGACAGCGAUUGUGAUCGUUCGCAUCGUCGCAGCACCAUUAAUUUGGGUAUACGCAAAGUACAGUAUGCACCCACUAAGCCUGGCAUACAGCCGUGCACAGUGGUGCGCAAAGAUUUCCUGCUCUCACCCGGUGAGCUUGAGCUUGAGGUUACGCUAGACAAGCAACUGUAUCAUCAUAGCGAGAAAAUCGCUGUGAAUAUUUGCGUACGCAACAACUCGAAUAAGGUGGUGAAGAAGAUCAAGACCAUGGUGCAGCAGGGCGUGGAUGUGGUUCUCUUCCAGAAUGGGCAAUUCCGCAAUACGAUUGCAUUCGUGGAGACAAGUGAGGGUUGUCCGCUAAAUCCGGGUUCCAGCUUGCAAAAGGUUAUGUAUUUGGUGCCAACUUUAGCGGCUAAUUGCGAUCGUGCAGGUAUCGCUGUCGAGGGAGACGUCAAACGCAAGGAAACCUCACUGGCAUCCACCACACUCAUUGCCAGUCAGGAUGCACGCGAUGCUUUCGGCAUCAUUGUUUCUUAUGCUGUUAAGGUCAAGUUGUUCUUGGGUGCUUUGGGAGGCGAACUAUGCGCCGAACUACCAUUCAUUCUAAUGCAUCCAAAGCCUAGCCGCAAAGCCCAGGAAGCCGAGGCAGAAGUGGAGGCUUGAACACUCAUUUAACCCAACGAGGCUCCUAACGAAGUACAGUUUUUGAUGAUGUUGCUAAUUAUAUUAAAAAAUACCUGUAAAUGGGCUUAAAAAAGUCGAUGUUAACAUAUUUGUCACAACUAAAAAGUGCGCUACUUAUUUAUAUAUCUACUCAAAUACUUAUUUAUCAAAAUAUUUAUUACUUUAAUAGAGGAGGAGAGGAAGCUUGAGGUUUGUUACUUUUUAUUACCCUUGUUGUUACACUUUGUUAGCUGCAAUUAAUAUUUGUAUGCCUGUGUGCAUAAAUCAUGACAAUGAUAUAACAAUCAAAUCCAAAAAAAAUUUAUGUAAAUUAGUAUAUAAAUGUAUAUGUGCUCAUAUGGGUACCAGUACCUCCAAAUACGCUGCUACGUAUAAGGCAAAUUGUGAUUAUUAAUAGAUGGGAAAAAUAUGAAUUCCAAUAAAAAGAAAAGAAAUUUAGA